AUGCUGUCUCUCACCCUCGUCAUCCUGGCCAUUCUGAGCAUAGCUUCGACUUCCCCCCUCCCUCUCGACGGGACUCAGUCUCAAUUCGCUGGACUAUCAUCGCUCGCAAACAAUUUUGACCCGAGCCUCAUACGCGAUCCAACUGCGCUCCCUAGCGGUGUUACAGCAACUGGCAUCCCGUUGCCUCCACAUAGCGAUCUCGCAAUCGCGUCAGCAGCACGUACACUACGCGCACUUAACAAAAUGUUCAACUCGUUAAAUGGCCUGGUUGUGACUUUCAGUAGCACCGGCUCAAAUUUAUCUUCACAACAGUUCAAUAUGAAGCUCCAGAAGGUGGAUAAACGACUCCAGACACUCUUGAGAAGUGUUGUCUCAGCAAACUCUGGUGCUCUUAAAAGCUUGGCGAAUGAUUCAACCGAGCUCGGCGGGCGUGCUCUUUCUUUUGCACGCCAGCUUCAAGCCAUCGGCGACCAGACAACGGCGCUUACCCGCGUGCUACCCACAAAAACGGAUCUGACAUCCUUAUUACCUCGCCUCAUGGCUCUGCAAGGGGCCUCACAAACAUUUUUCGAGCGUAUUGCACCUCACGCUGGUACCCUCCAAUCUACUGUCAUUGAUGCAUGGGCUUCAGCCAAUAGUGUUCUGAGUACCUGCAUUGCCCAGAUCAAACUCGUUCAGCCGUGA